AUGAAAGGAAUGAAUCAGGAUGGGCCAGCGGAGUGCAUAGUUCUAGCUGUCAGUUCUUGCCAUCUUCAUCUUCACCCUGCCAACAUUAUUUUAACCGGGGGAAGCACACUAUUUCCUCGACUUGCUGAUAGACUAGAGAGGGAGCUGCGACCUCUUGUUCCUGAUGACUAUCAAGUGAACAUAACUCCUCAACAAGAGUAA